UAGCUUAUCAGAAUUGGAAAGUGAAACUGAACAAGAACAUGAAUGGAUAGAAAAGGAAGACUUAAAUGCCAUAAUUGAAAAUGAAUUUGGAUACGCUCACAGGUCUACCAUCUGUUCACUCAUGAUGUUAAUGUUGCUUCAGUUUCCAAUUCAGCCUGCUGUAGCAUUUGGACUGGAAGAAAAUGACCAAACCAAUAGAGACGGAGUCCAAAUAGUGCCUUUAUACAAUGACGUUGCAUUGCCUGACGAGCAUAUUCCUUAUUUUCUGCACAAUAACAUGCACGUAGCUAAUCGUUGUAAAAAAGACCCUCUCUGUCCAUUUACGAAACACUUGAGGAAGCUGCAGUCCUGCUGGGGAUACGAAAGCAAUUGCAAACCACAACACAGAUUCAGUUACCCUGUGUGCACUGAUGCUACUUCAGGCUG